CAUGUUCAAACGCGGGCGAAGUCAGGCAACCUGAACACAGAUACCCGUAACGAUGGCUCUGUAGUUGUUGUACCUACUCCUCAGUAAAAUUACAAGCAGUUUGUUCCAACUUUUGGAUUACCAAAUUCAUCUUAUUACCUUUAUAUGUAGAAUUCUGUUGAUGACCCAAGAGAGCUCCAUGCCGGGUAAAGAGUAUGGUAGAAAAAUGUGCUAUGGAUUUCAACCCUCUGGAUCUUCUUGCCACAGCAGCAGUAUUGCAGCGAGAAGAUCCUGAGUCACAGACAGAACAAGGCGCCCAAGAUCAGACUGGUUCAUCAAAUGAAGAUGAUGAAGAUCCCACAGAAGAGGAAGACUCUGAAUCAGCCAAAAUGGGAUCAGUGAAACAUGUUCAGAGUUGUGUUCAAAAGCAGCAUUCUUGCAAUUUGAACGAAAUGCUGACACCUGAGGAAACGGAGUCCGAAAAUCAACAAGCUAAUGUAAAUGAGAAAGUCAUUAAUAGGAGUCAUUCUUGGUGUGACAGUAUUGUUUCUUCUAGUACAGGAAAUGACAUUACUGAAGAGCAAAAUGAUAAAACGAGUGAUGCCAAUGACCUUGACCUUAAAAGUAACGGACAAAUAUGUGGUGUGAAGGAAAAUUCAGAUAUUCAGAUACCAAAGCCAUUGGUAGAUGAUUCUUUUUCUGAAAUAAGUUCCAAGGGAAAAUCUGUGUUAAAAGACCAAGUAAACAAUAUGUCGCCUCCACUAACUCCUGCAGGAGCUGACCAGCAGGGAAAAUCACCUGUUGAGUGUAAAGAGCACGAGGAAAUGGCUUCUGUAGACAAUUACUGUUUUCAGUGUAGAAAGAAUCAAUCAAGACUUGACCACUCUGAGAAAUACGUUUUGACUGUAGUUGGAGCAGACGUUCCUGAUAGAUGUUUGUCAUGUCAUGUAUUAAUAAAAACACCAGAGCGUGAUAAACCUAAUGAUGGUUUCGCUUCUAAGAACACUGUUUUGGAUAUAUGUGAUACACAAAGCAAACUACAUUUGGAUAAAAUUGAGUGUGAUGUGUCUGAUGAUAGGGCUUGUGCUGAAAGUACUAGAAGCAUUGGACAGGACUCCGGAUUUCUUUCAGAUGACCCUAUAUCAGCAGUGUCCGAUGACUUGGCUAAUGGUCCAUUAGAAAUGAAUCCAAUGUACGUAGAUCAUGAUAAAUCAUGUGAUAAAAACGAUGAAAGUAAUGAUUCAGUUUUUGCCAAUUCCAUAAAAUUUGAUCACUGUUACGCUUCAGCACUUGGUAGGAGUGUGUGUCACAGUGGCGAUUUUUCUGAGGACACUUGUAGUAUUGAUGGUGGGGAUUCAGAUUCUUGCACUGAUGAUGUCGAACACCGGGCGGAGAGUUUGUCGGUAGAUAGCAGUUGCUUUCGGUGCAAUUUUUCUGAAUCCUCCAUGCAGGUUCAUCCUCGCAAGAGCAUGGAGAUUGAUCAUGAUUCUCUAAAUGAUGGUGGACAGACUAGUGAUCAUUCAAUGUUAUCACCAUCAUCUGUUGAUUCUUUGUCCAGGGACUCGUGUACGUCAGACAUCGGACCACCAUCACUAAAAACACUUCAGUUCACAGUGCCAAAUACCUCUAAUGCGGCUGAUUAUCCUGAUAUUGAAAAGGGGGAUAACUCAAACAAUAGUUCUGAUUCUUUUUCAAGUGGCAUUAAAAAUCAGGAUGAACUGUUGUAUCCAAAAGUUGGAAAAUUCAAGAUUGGAACAUUUGCAUCAAUAAGUGGUAUUGGGAUUGAUAAAGAUAUCACAGGAGAUGUGUCCAAAAAUUCCAGUGAUUUGUCAAAUUGUGGAUCUUAUUUUGACAAGGGAGAAAUUGGUUCACCUACUUCAAUGGUCCCUAGUUCUCCUGGUUUACCUACAUUCCUUCAGUCCCCAUGUGCCGAUUGGGAUCGAUCAGACGCUGGUUCUGAGAUUCAAGAGGACCAUGAUCUAUCUUUGGAGACCCUUCUCCGAAGGAAAGGGGUAAAUUGUACUCCACCAGAAUCGCAUUCGGUGUAUCAUGAUCAUGAUUACUGUCUCAGGGGUGGUGUCUUAAUUACAGGCCCACCAGUUACAAAGUACGCAAAGGUUGAAAACAAAAAAUAUUCAAGUUGGUCAAAAACAAAGGCACACCAGAAAGAAAGACGAGUACGGGGGAAGUACAAUGUUAAGGGAUCCAGGCGGAUUAAAACAGAACCCAUAGUUUCUGAAUCUGAAUCUCUGUGUAGAAUCAUGGAUUUCAAGAGACCAGAUGAUCUUGAAAUGCCAUUGGAUAAGAAUAACUCGUAUCUGAGACCUAAAAGGAAAUAUGAAAAAUAUCAAGACGAUUUAGAGCUGGAUGCUGCAUCUAAAAUGAAAAUUACUGGAAAAUAUCAAGACCAGUAUGUGUAUUAUCUUUCAAAAAGCUCGAGAAGUACACGAAGGACAAGUCGCGAGUUUCCACUUCCUUCAACGGACAAGAUCAUUUUACCAGCACCAAAACCAGGUGAUAUAAUCGUACCUCACUUAACUGAUGCUGACAUUGAAGCAAUCAAGUUGAGGGGCAAGUCUAGCUUGUCGAUCAGUGAGAAAUAUUAUGGUGGAACUUCAACACUGUCUGGUGGUGCUAUACCAACUAACACAGCACCGGUGGACAGCAUUGCUGAUUUUGACAGCAAGAUCAUCAGCACCAUCUUGAGCAUGGAAAAUGAUAACUUGGCAUCAGAGUCGGUUGAAGAAGAUGGUAAUGAUCAUUCUAUUGAUCUUUACUCAAAUGGUGAUUCUGUUGGCAUAAACUUCAUGGGAGAAACUAUGCCAUUAACAUCAGAUCAAGUUGAUCUGUUGCUUAAUGCCAUGGAAGAUGUAGAACGAACAGGGUUAUUAGAAGAUAGUUCCAAGUUUGUACUGGACAAUAAUCAGAAUUAUAAUCCAUCGGUUAAAAUUCCUCUAAUGCAAGACUCUGACAGAGUUAACGAUAGCAUGCCAGAAAACUGGAAUAUUAAGAAUACACAGUUUGUGGACUCCGAUCAAACCAUUUCAGGGUGUGAAUCAAAGACUGAAAACAUGUCUGGCGAUAAAGCAGAUCUCUCCUGUGAGGACAAGAAUAAGAUGUCAACUUCACAAGUGUCUGUUCCAGAAUCUGUUAGUGAUGGCAGUAUCAGGCCGAAUAUUCCAACCAGUGAUCCAAGUCAGAGUCCUGUUAAGGCUCUGCUUGAUGCAGACCUCAGUAAUAUCACACACCCAUCGUUUGGUUCAGCCCUACCAGAAAUAUUGCCAGUUCUGGAAAAGCCAUUUGACUUCAUGAGUGGUGACUUUAAGCUGGACAAAUCUGAUUUGUUCCCUGAGGCAGCUGUGACAGACAACCCUGUCAAUACUUGUCCAGUAAACACAUCAAUUUCUGAUUACAACACGCCAUGGAUUGUCACGGUGACAAUGUUCUGGAAUGACCUGCCUGCCAUUAUGAUAGACAAUAUUCCUUAUGUGCGUCUGGUGGACAUUCACAAACAGAUAUUACCAGCAAAAGAUACGGGUAUUCUCAAGAAAAGGUGUCAGCUUAUUGGUAUUAAAGUGUUGAACUGUGCCGAAAUGCAGCGAUACUUUUUGGUCCAAUAUGGAAGAGCAUACAACUCGAAGAGUACACUGAUAAUAUCAAAAGAUGAUGCGAAAGAUCUUAUUGGGUAUUAUGUAAAUCCCCAGCCACGUCUGCCCAGGUCAGAAGAUGCAGUGUUGAAAAGAGAGUUUGUAGUACGUGAUGCUGACCCUGUGCAGAGCCCUGACACAUCUCAGCUGAAAUCUUCUUCAAGGAAGAGAAUACGACCAAGAUCAUAUUCUGGUGGCAAGGCUUCCGCAUCAAGUGGUCCAGAAUCCAGCAUUCCAUCUUCGUGUCCUGCAAGUCCACAAACUGUUCCUGUAGCUGAGAUACCUGUAAUCACCAAACGUCUCCGACAUAAGAAAAUAAAUUUUCUGGAAAUGUUAAAAGGUGAAUCAGUGGAACAAACUCCUGCAGAAGAACAAGAGAAACCCUCCAGUAAAAAUGAACUUAUCUCUGAUACGAAGAAACUAAGUCCUCAAAUGCGAAAGAAGCAGAAAUUGAGUGAUGCAGAGAAAUUGAAAGUGGCUAAGGAGGAACUGAAGAAAAGAAAUAUCAACAUUGGUGACAGUAUGAUUAAGAAAGUGAAGGUGUCUGACUCUGACUCUGGUUCGGGGUCAGGUUUGGAGAGUGAAUCCACUGAAUCUGCCUUUUCUGAUUCAGAGUCCUCAGCAGAAUCGAGCUCGGACAGUGAACCAUCACAGAAAGUUGUGAACAAAAGAUACCGCUCUGUGAAAUGUGGUGCAUCACCUGUGAAAAGACCAAUUAAUUUGGAAAAGGUAGCACGAGAGAAUCGGUUCCAUGCCAUAAAGGUGAACGUGAAAAGCAUGUUGAAAUUGCGAAGUGAUAAAAUAUUACCAGUUCAGAAAAACAAUACAAAUGAAAAGCGGGUUCUUGGUGUUCGUCACAAAGAUGCCAAUCCCUCUAAAAACUUUCCUUCUGUGUCCCAAGAUGGUGACAUAUACCUUGAUCUCUACAAAAAGAAAAGCUCGCUGUCCAUCCGAUGCUGUAGCUGUAAGAAAUUCUUUUCUCUGCGCAACUUCAUGGCACACCAACAUUAUCCCGAUGACAAGAAUACACUGACCACUAUUGCACAACCACAACUCCUGGAACCAAGGGCAUCAAAGUUGUCUUCUAAGGUCAGGAUGUUGUGGAUGGAAUUCAAUAAGAAGAAACAGCAGCUGGAUGGACCAAUUAAAAACACACGGAAAUCCGUUCUCCAGCAGUGUCCAUUGGUUCUAGAAACACUGAUGAGAAUCAAACAGGAGCCUGCUAUGAAAAUUGAUCAGGUAGAAGAAGCAUGUGAUAUGGAACUAGACACUAAGGAGGAGCUCCCUGGUGUUGAAGAAAAUACACCAGUGUGUCAACCUGAAAAGGCAGAUGAACACGUAAGUGAAGACAUUAAGCCAGAUCCAGUUCCUGAAGUGAAACAGCCUAAAAAAGUGAGCAGCAAGCCUGCAAAUGUUCCUGCAAAGGUGAAGAUUUCCAAGCGGUAUACACCAUCAACUAUUGGCAUCCGAGUCAGUGGUAGGAGGAAGAAAGAAAGACAGUUGUUUCCAAUUGAGAACUAUUCUUAUUCCAAGCAGUAUGCCCGGCAGGAUGGAAAAACAAAUGAGGAGGAGAUGGAAAAGAGCACAGAUAACGUAACAAACUGUGUGGCAGAACUAUCAAUGGUUCAUGGUGAGAAUGUUGAUUCUUCACAUGUUUCUGAAGGUGUACGAAAGACAACUACUGUUCCCGUUUCAGCGGUUCCUUGUGAUAGUGUAGUAACAUUGUGCAAUGGGCCAGAAAUAAUUAGUUACACAGCACUGCAGGAGAGCCCAGAAAUGUGAUGUUUUACAUGCAUGCUUGUUUUUUUAACUUGACCGAACAUGUGUAGCAACUUGCUAUACAUGUAGUGGCAAGUUUAGCAAAUAGGUAUUGUAAAUUAGAAAGUUCGUCACUUUACUGUUCCAAACAAAGUUUUCACUGAUGUUUGUUUUUAGAAAGUUGCUACUUUUAUGGUUUGGGGACAUAUUAUACAUGUAGGCCUUGCAUUUUGGACCAGACACCAAGCUCAUAAGGACAUGCAUUGACAUUCUGAUUUGGACUUGUAAUGUGUUGUCAGAAUACAUGUACAACAUGUAAGAUCGUGAGGCUAGAAAUAAAUUAUUGGUGUAGUUUCAUAGCUUUUUUUCUUUCUUUUUUUUAAAGUUUGCUUCUUACAUGUAUGUGUAUCAAUUUACUGCAAACCCAACAAAAAACAAAUAGCAUUUUAAUAUAUUAAUAUUUGCUCUCUUUUUUUUUUUCUU